AGCAUUUUAACAGGCGACAGUUUACUGAGAAACUUCAGAGGAGAGUAGCACGUGAGCGAGAGAGAGAGAGAGAGUCACGCGCGCACACUACGACAACUCUUAAGCAUCUUCGCGCUAACAACGGUCAGGAGAAAGCUGACUAACUUUAUUCCCCCUCACUUUUCUCCACUUUUGUUGUCUCCCAAAAGACUUCUUUCUUUUUUUUUUUUUUUUUUUUUUUUUUUUUUUUUUUACAUUAGUGUCUGUUUUGACAUUUUGAAACCAUGUCUUGACAAUUUCAUUCAGUUCGUCGCUAAAUAGUUUUUCGAGUUUUUAUUUGCUGAGGUGUAGAGGUUCCUCUGAACUGGGAGACCUUAAGAUGGGCUUGAGACUUUUGCCGUUUUUUCUUGGUCAGGUAUUCGUUUUUGUAGUUUUGUCAGCAGCCCAGGUUACAACCGAAAACAUCCCAGAAGGAGCGUCCACCUUGGCGUUUGUCUUUGAUGUCACCGGCUCCAUGUACGAUGAUUUGGUGCAAGUGAUUGAAGGAGCAUCGAAGAUUUUGGAGACCUCACUCAGCAGACCAAAGACACCACUGUACAACUUCGCCUUGGUUCCUUUUCAUGACCCAGAGAUUGGACCCAUUACAAUAACAACAGAUCCAAAGAAGUUCCAGGAUGAGCUAAGGGAGUUGUAUGUCCAGGGAGGUGGAGACUGCCCAGAGAUGAGCAUUGGAGCCAUCAAGAUCGCCCUUGAAAUCUCCUUACCAGGGUCCUACAUUUACGUGUUUACUGAUGCGCGAUCAAAAGACUACAGGUUGACCCAUGACGUUCUGCAGCUAAUUCAGCAAAAACAAUCACAGGUGGUUUUUGUGCUGACUGGAGACUGUGAUGACAGAUCCCAUAUUGGCUAUAAAGUGUAUGAGGAGAUAGCCUCAACUAGCUCAGGACAGGUCUUCCAUUUGGACAAGAAACAAGUCAACGAGGUGUUAAAAUGGGUGGAGGAGGCAGUGCAGUCCUCUAAGGUUCACUUGCUUUCUACUGAUCACCAAAGUGGGCUUACUAACACCUGGCAGAUCCCCUUUGACCCCAGCCUGAAGGAAGUAACUGUUGCCUUAAGCGGACUUGCACCAAACAUCGAGAUACGAAAUUCUCAGGGAAAACUUAUCGGCACUAAGGAAGGUCUGUCUGAGCUCCUACACAUCCCAAACUCUGCCAAAGUCCUCAACCUCAAAGACCCAGCACCAGGAAUGUGGACCAUAAAGACGUCCAGUGAGGGCAGACAUUCGGUCCGUAUCUCAGGCCUUAGUACCAUUGAUUUCCGAGCAGGCUUUUCCCAAAGGCACACGCUAGACUUCAAAAUGACAUCCAGCAGGCCAGUCCAAGGAAUCCCCACCUUCAUCCUGCUGAACACUACUGGUCUUUCCCUUCCUGCUCGUGCUGACCGCCUGGAGCUCAUGAGCAUCACUGGCAAUGUAAUGAAGAUUCUACCCAUUCGCUACUACCCUGAACGACACCCUUAUGGCAUUUGGAACAUCACUGAGUUUAUUCCGCCCAAAGAGGCCUUCUUCCUGCGGGUCACUGGCUAUGACCAUGAUGGCUUCCUCUUCCAGAGAGUGUCCAGUGUCUCCUACUCCAGCAUUGUACCAGAUGCACCCAAAGUUAACAUGCCCACUCAUACCCCGGGUUACUACCUGCAGAAGGGGGGUAUUACUUGCUUUGUGGAUAGCCUGAUCCCCUACACCUUGCGUUUCACCAGGGAAGGAAUACGCCUGGGUGUGGACCAGCUCUUCAGGGAGUCCUCUAAUGCAUCAUGGGAGAUCGCCCAAGUGUCUCUAAAGGAUGAGGGUUUUUAUGAGUGCAUCGCCAUCAGCAGUGCCGGGACAGGACAUGCUAAAACCUUCCUUGAUGUUUCUGAGCCUCCUCCAGCUAUUACAGUUCCAUCUAAUGCAACAACAUCCCCUGGUGCAAACGUGGUUCUGACGUGUCUCGUAGCCAGCACGGUGCGCUUUAACCUGACCUGGCAACGUGGGGAUGUGGAUGCCAGAUUGGACCCACGCAUACGUGUCACCGCCAACCUGUCAAUGGAAAUCCAGCGGGUCACUCCAGAUGAUGUUGGCUGGUACACCUGCAUCGCAGCUAAUGAGGGUGGGAUUUCUGCCUCUCGUGUCUACCUCAGUGUGCAAGAGCCGCCAGUGGCGAUAGUGGAUCCUCGGAACCAGACGUUUCGCACUGGUCAAGAAGUUUGGAUCAGGUGUACAUCCAGAGGCUUUCCCUCACCCAUGGUUGUGUGGACACACAAUGAUAUGUUUAUCAUGGGUUCCAGCAGGCACAGAAUGACCCCUGAUGGCACACUGGUCAUCAGGAACACAGGGCCAAAGGAUGCAGGGACAUAUGGCUGUUUAGCUAGUAAUGUGGCAGGAACAGACACUCAAACUGCUAUCAUCAGCUACACUGAAUCUCCACAGGUGACAGUCCCUCACUCUGAGCUGCUGAUUGGUCUAGAACAACCAGUCAUUAUGGAGUGCAGGGUCAGAGGAAUUCCACAUCCUGACAUUUUGUGGUACAAAGGUGAUGUACAGCUGAGGCCAUCUGCAUUGUUGAGUAUGGACUCUCAGCGUGGUACUCUGAGCAUUCUGCAGACUAAGGACACACAUGCAGGAGAGUACAGAUGUGUAGCUGUAAACUCAGCCGGCACUGCACAGGGUUACAUCACACUAGACGUGGGCUCUGCUCCUCAGUUCACACGAAAGCCAUCUGAUCUGUCUGCUGAUAUUGGCACAAACAUCACCUUGCAAUGUCACGCCCAAGGUCACCCAAAACCUCAGCUCUCCUGGAGACGAGAGGACAAUGUCGCACUCUUCUCUCAGCACCAUGGUCCCAGUACUGUCACUCAAAAAAGUGAUGGGGACCUUUUCAUCACUAACCUUUGGGUAGAGGAUGAGACCACCUAUGUAUGUGAAGCUCAAAACCCAUUUGGAAAAAUCCAGACCAAGGCCAAAGUCACUGUUACUGGACUGGUAUCUCCUGUGGUAGCGAUUAGCCCCAAAGUGGUCAGUGUGAUAGAGGACCAGCAGGUCACUCUGCCCUGUGUGUUACUGGCUGGAAACCCUCUUCCCGAGAGACACUGGCUGCAUGACAAUGGCUUGGUUACAUCAAGUCCAUAUGUGACUGUGAGAAGUGAUGGUAGUAUACAUAUAGAACGGGUCAGUCAGCAAGAUGGAGGACAGUACACCUGUUUGGCCGAAAAUGUGGUGGGAUCCAGCAACCACACCACCAUGCUCAACGUGUAUGUGAUGCCCACUAUUCAACAUGGCACUCAAAUCUUCAGUACCAUUGAAGGAACACCUGUUUCUUUGCCAUGUCGUGCACAUGGAGUCCCCAAACCAGACAUCACCUGGUCUAUGCGAGGGGAGUUGCUGGAUCUGAAUGGCAGUGCCUUUUCUUUGGAUGAGUAUGGUAGUCUUCACAUCGUCUCCCCCACCGGUGAAGAGUCAGGCGAGUUUGUGUGCAUGGCCACCAACGCUGCUGGAUACAGCUCCCGAAAGGUCCAGCUCACUGUCUACGUGAGGCCCAGGCCGAGUGGUGGAGUUGGCGGUGGAGCAGAGAUACUGAAUAAUUCAGAUGAGCUGUUGGAGAUGUCAGUAACAGUGGGUGAUGAUGUCACACUGCCUUGUGAGGUAGAGAGUGUACCUCCUCCAGUCAUCACUUGGGCCAAAGACAAGCAGCUUAUCUCUCCCUUCUCCCCCAGAUACAUUCGGCUACCAUCAGGCUCUAUGAGGAUAACAGAAACACGUGUUACUGACAGUGGCCUGUACAUCUGUGUGGCUAAAAACAUAGCAGGAAACUUCACUCAGAUGGUCAAACUUAGUGUUCUGGUUCCUCCCAGUAUCCGUGCAGGUCCUCGAGCCAUGAAAGUGAAAGUGGGGCAUGCCAUAGACCUGCCUUGUGUUGCACAAGGGGUACCAGAACCCUCUGUGUCCUGGCUGAAGGAUGGCACUGCCCUGCUGGAUGGGUCUCAGUACAGAAUCUCAGAUGGGACUCUGACUAUGAGCCAGGUGGGGCUUAUCGAUGAGGGUGUCUAUAUCUGCAUGGCCUCCAAUAUCGCUGGAAAAGAUGAAGCUAAUAUUCAGCUCCAGGUGCAAGUCCCUCCUGUGGUGGAGAUUUCUGAGCCCCCUUUCAACAGCCCUUUACAGGAGAGAGUGGCUAACCAGCAAAUCGCCUUUCCCUGCUCUGCCAAAGGUACUCCUGAGCCAGUAAUAAAGUGGUUUAGGAAUGGUCAGGAGUUGACAGGAUAUGAGCCAGGUGUGUCUAUUUUGGAGGAUGGCACACUUCUCAUCCUGGCCUCAGUGUCCCCUCUUGAUAAUGGGGAGUACACCUGCAUGGCUGUCAAUGAUGCUGGUACAACUGAGAAAAAAUACCAACUAAAGGUUAAUGUCCCACCUGAUAUUCGAGACAAUGGCCUGCUGCCCAAUGUCUCUGUAGCAAUGAAUCAACAGACCAGCCUGGUGUGUGAUGUCACAGGCACACCUGUACCUGUCAUCACCUGGUACAAAGAUGGAGUUCUGGUGGUUCCUGGCAGUAAUGUGCAAAUUCUUCAGAAAGGAAAGAUUUUAAAGCUGCUGAAAGUGGCCGUUGCAGAUGCUGGACGCUACAGCUGCAAGGCCAUCAACAUUGCAGGAAGCACAGAGAAAGACUUUUACUUAGAUGUUUUGGUUCCUCCUACAAUCAUCGGGACAUUUGAGUCACAUGACCUCUCUGCCGUGCUCAAUCAGGAGAUCAUUCUGGAAUGCAGGGUCAAAGGUGAUCCCUUUCCCACAAUUCAGUGGUACAAGGACAGGAAGCCAGUGUUUUUGGGUGACUCCAAUAUUGAAGUUUCAAACAGAGGACAACAGUUGAAGAUAAAGAGUGCUCGUUUAGGUGACCAGGCACGAUACCAGUGUAGUGCCACCAACGCAGCAGGAAAGCAGUCCAAGGAAUUCAACCUUAGUGUGUUUGUGCCACCAAGUAUUAAGGGAGGAAAUGUGUCCUCUGAGGUGACAGUUCUGCUGGGUAUUGUAGUGACUCUGGAGUGUGAGGUACGGGGUGUGCCCCUCCCUUCCAUCACCUGGUACAAGAAUGGAGAGGCCAUUCUGUCCAGCAGACAGGUCCAGUAUGUGGACCGAGGACAGUUCCUCAAGAUUUCAAGAACUCAGGUGUCUGAUGCUGGACAGUACACAUGUAAAGUCACCAGUGUGGCCGGUACUGCUGAAAAGGUUUAUGAACUGGAUGUUUAUGUUCCUCCCUCCAUCUCUGGGGGUUCUGAUGGUCCCACAGACAUGAAAGUUGUGCUCAGUAAAUCUCUAAUUUUGGAGUGUGAGGCUGAAGGUCACCCUCCUCCCUCACUGACCUGGCUAAAGGAUGGUUCACCAGUGACAGCUAGAGAGAACCUGAGGGUUCUAGAACAGGGUGGAAAAAUCGAAAUCCUCAAUGCACUACCAUCUGAUGCUGGUCGAUAUGUCUGCGUAGCAACCAGCAUUGCUGGAGAGGAUGAUCUCAAAUAUGACGUCAGUGUGUUAGUUCCUCCUGUUGUUGAUGGGGCAAGUGACACCACAGACACCACUGUCAUCAUCAACAAUAUUGUAGAGCUUGAGUGCCACGCUACAGGCACACCUACACCAACCAUCACGUGGCUGAAAGAUGGUGUGCCGAUGAGGCAGGGCGAGGGAGUGCGGAUCACAUCUAAUGGCCAUCGAUUGGUCAUCUCUCGCGCUCAGGUGUCUGAUACAGCAGUUUUUCACUGUGUAGUGACCAAUGAGGCUGGAGAACAAGAGAAAGAGUUUAAAGUGUCUGUGCAUGUCCCCCCAACUAUCCAUUCUACUAGUUCAUCUGAGAGGUCAGUGGUCCUCCACAUGCCCAUCAGCUUCCAGUGUGUGGCCAGUGGAAUUCCACCUCCCAGCAUUAUAUGGCUCAAAGAUGGCCUUCCUGUGGACACUACACAAGAAUUCCUGAAGCUGGAAUCUGCAGGCAGGGUGUUGCACAUAAAGAAUGCCAGACUGGAGGAUGCUGGGAAAUAUACAUGUGUGGCAACUAAUGCGGCAGGGGAGGCACAACAGCACAUUCGCCUCAAUGUACAUGAACCUCCAAAGUUCCAGCAUGCUGGAGAGACACUCAAUGAAACCAUUCUAGCUGGCUUCCAAGUUCAGCUGAUGUGUAAGGCAACAGGAAGUCCUCUGCCUUCUGUGACGUGGUAUAAGGACGGCCGUCCAUUGACUAUUUCUGCAGGAGUUAACAUACUGAGCAGAGGUCAGGUGCUAGAGAUUGACCGUGCGCAGGUGUCAGAUGCUGGACUCUACAAGUGUGUGGCCAUCAAUGUGGCCGGCAGCACCGAGCUCACACACAGCCUGCAGGUGUAUGUUCCUCCCACUAUUUCCAGUAGAGGUGGAAUGAUAACAGUGGUGGUGAAUGAUCCAGUCAUGUUGGAUUGUGAAGCCUCAGGGGUCCCUGUGCCCAGCCUCACCUGGCUCAAAGAGGGCAGCCCUGUCUCCAGCUUCUCAGAUGGCAUCCAGGUCUUGUCAGGUGGCAGGGUGUUAAAGUUUCUUAGCGCACAGGUCAGUGACACUGGUCAUUACACUUGUGUGGCUGUGAAUGCAGGUGGAGAACAGCAAAGAGACUAUGACCUGCGUGUGUACGUGCCACCUAACAUUAUAAGUCAGGAGGUGAACAACACAGUUCUGAUUGGUCAGACAGUGCAGCUGCAUUGCCUAAGUGAUGCCAUCCCUCCACCUACACUGAGCUGGCAGAAAGACGGUCGACUGCUCUAUAGAAAGCCAGGACUGAGCUUGUCAGAAGACGGCAGUUUGCUGAAGAUAGACAGUGCACAGGUCCAGGACACAGGCAGGUAUAUGUGUGAGGCUACCAAUGUGGCAGGAAAAACAGGGAAGAACUAUAACCUGAAUGUGUGGGUUCCUCCCAGUAUCCGUGGAUCUGAUGAGGUGUCUCUUUUGACUGUGAUUGAGGGUAGCCUCAUCACCUUUGUAUGUGAGUCCAGUGGGAUCCCUCCUCCCAGUCUCACCUGGAAGAAAGAGGGUUCAGAGCUAAAGGGAGACUCUCGGGUGCGUGUUUUGUCUGGUGGUCGUCAUCUGCAGAUCUUCAAUGCUGAGAGAAUUGAUGCUUCUUCUUACACCUGUCUGGCCUCCAGUGUAGCUGGAAAUGCAAUGAAAGAGUACAGCCUGCAAGUUUAUGUUCGUCCCUCCAUCAGCUCCUCAGCUCAGGGUCCGGAUGAGGAGACAGUGGCACGUGGUGGAGAUGUCACCCUACAGUGUGAAGCAGAUGGGGUGCCCAGCCCUACUAUUACAUGGAUGAAGGAUGGCAGACCUCUAAGCACCAGCCGCAGGGCUCAGAUACUUAAUGAGGGCAGACUGUUACGCAUCCAGGAUGCUCAGGUGGCUGACACUGGACGAUACACCUGCAUCGCUGUGAAUGUGGCAGGACAGACUGACAGGAAAUAUGAUGUCAAUGUACAUGUUCCUCCCACUAUCAUCGGACAGACACAGGUGCCUGAGAAUGUGAGUGUUGUUGUGAAAAACCCAGUUGUUCUCACCUGUGAAGCUUCUGGAAUGCCACCACCAGCCAUCAGCUGGCUCAAAGAAGGCCGAUCAAUCAGCAUGUCCAGCUCUGUUCGUGUCAUUUCAGGUGGGCGAGGCCUGCGUUUGAUGCAUGCUGCAAGUGAAGAUGCAGGGAGAUACACCUGCAUUGUGUCCAACUCUGCUGGAGAGGAAAGGAAGAACUUCGACCUCAACGUCCUGGUACCGCCCAGCAUUGUAAACGAAGGCACAGUGGAGGACGUGAAGGUGAAAGAGAGACAGAAUGUCAUCUUGGCCUGUGAAGUCACUGGUAAUCCGGUCCCAGAGGUUACAUGGCUGAAGGAUGGGCAGCCUUUGGCUAGAGGUGCAAGGCUGCAGUUGAUGUCAAAUAGCCAUUUCCUGCAGAUCAGUGGAUCUCAGGUGGCCGACACAGGCAGGUAUAGCUGUUUGGCCUCUAACAGCGCUGGAGACAGGACCAGACACUUCAACCUCAAUGUGUUAGUCUCUCCCACUAUCGCUGGUUCUGGUUCAGAAGGCUCUGCUGAAGAGGUUACUGUGACUUUGAACAGUCCCACCUCUCUUGUGUGCGAAGCUCAGUCAUACCCCCCUGCCAUCAUCACCUGGCUCAAAGACGGCACACCCUUCGAAUCCAGCCGAAAUGUUAGGGUACUUCCAGGUGGCCGCACUUUACAGAUCAUGAAUGCGAAGGAAGAGGAUGCUGGGAGAUAUACAUGUGUGGCGACUAACGAGGCUGGGGAGACUCUUAAGAACUAUGAGGUCAAAGUUUUCGUCCCUCCAGUUAUCAAUAAAAAUGACAUUCCAGGAGAGGGUCUGGCCCCUAAAGAGGUGAAAAUCAAGGUUAACAACACUCUUACACUGGAAUGUGAGGCUCAGGCUAUCCCGGAACCAACAUUAGUGUGGUACAAGGAUGGCCAGAUCCUGAAAGCAGACGGUCACCUCACUUUUACAGCUAAUGGUCGGAUAAUUCAAAUUAAACACACUCAGGUUUCUGAUACAGGUCGUUACACCUGUGUAGCCAGCAACAUCGCUGGAGAAGAUGAGAAGGACUUUGAUGUAAACAUACAAGUUCCCCCUAGUUUCCAAGGCUCUGGAGACCCCAGCCCUGGUAAUAAUGGAGACGUGAGGGAUGUCAUUCUUAAUAAUCCCAUCUCCCUGUACUGCGAGACCAAUGCUGUCCCCCCUCCUGUACUCACCUGGUAUAAAGAUGGACGCCUGCUGUCCUCUAAUGAUAAAGUACUCAUCCUGCCUGGUGGAAGAGUCCUCCAGAUCCCUCGGACCCAGGCAGAAGAUUCUGGGAGAUACACCUGUGUGGCUGUUAAUGAGGCUGGAGAAGACUCAGUUCAAUAUGAUGUCAGAGUGUUGUUGCCCCCCUCGAUUCGUGGAGCUAAUAGUGACCUGCCUGAUGAGGUCACAGUGCUGGUUAACAAGACCACAAUACUGGAGUGUCAGGUGGAUGGAAGCCCCACCCCUAAAAUCAGCUGGAUCAAAGACAGUCAACCCCUGACACCAGACAACACACAUAAACUUUUUUACAAUGGCAGGACACUGCAGAUUUUGAAUGCACAGGUGAUAGAUACAGGACGUUAUGUGUGUGUGGCUCAAAAUCUAGCCGGAAUAGCAGAGAAAUACUUUAACCUCCACAUACACGUGACUCCUUUUAUUGUGGGCAUCAGAGAGGAGAAUGUGACAGUGGUGCUGAAUAACUUCAUCUCUCUGAGCUGUGAGGCCACUGGACUUCCGCCUCCCACCCUCAGCUGGUUCAAAGACGGGAGACUAAUACAGGCCAGCACCAGUGCACUCAUAAUGCCUGGUGGUCGUACUCUCCAGAUCCUGAAGGCAAAGAUGUCUGAUGGUGGGAAAUACAGCUGUGUGGCGAUCAACCAAGCAGGAGAGGCCCAAAAACUAAUUUAUCUUACAGUUUAUGUGCCUCCCAGUAUUAAACAGAGCAGUGGGGAUUCUCCAGUGAUGUUAAACAUGCGUGCAGGCAAAUAUAUCACUCUGGAGUGUGAAUCUAAUGCUGUGCCUCCACCCAUCAUUACUUGGUACAAGAACGGACGCCCCAUCACUGAAACUGCCAACCUGCGAAUACUAGCUGAUGGACAAAUGCUGGAACUGAAAGAAACAGAGGUGUCCGAUACAGGCCGGUAUGUCUGUAAGGCCACAAAUGUAGCAGGUCAAGUAGAUAAGAACUUCCAUCUCAACAUUCAUGUUCCCCCACAGCUGGAUGGCCCAGCAGUGGAGCGUGUGGUGGAAACCAUCAGCAAUCCCGUCACCUUUGCUUGUGAUGCCACGGGAAUCCCCCCUCCCUCCCUCACCUGGUUAAAGAACGGCAGAGUUAUUGAGAACUCUGAGUCCCUGGAGAUGCAUGUCCUGUCCGGGGGCAGUAAGCUGCAGAUUGCCCGCUCACAGUUAUCUGACAGCGGCACUUACACCUGUGUGGCAUCCAAUGUGGAAGGCAAGGCCCACAAGAACUACCAUCUUACAAUACAAGUCCCACCCAACAUCGCAGGUUCUGAGUUACCUAGCGAGGUGAGUGUUUUGCUGAACGACAGCAUCCAGUUGGUGUGCCGUGCCAUAGGAACUCCAACUCCUGAGAUCCAGUGGCUGAAGGAUGGAAAGACACUUAGCAGAACUGCCCAGAAUAUCAAAAUCAGUCCUGAUGGCAGCACACUGACUGUGACAGCAGUCAACACAUCAGACAGUGGGAAAUACACUUGUGUGGCCACCAGUCAGGCUGGAGAGGAAGACAAAAUAUUCAAUCUAAAUGUAUAUGUUCCUCCUCUGAUCCAGGGGAACGGGCCUGCUGCCAAGGAACUGACUGUGGUGCUGGACAGCUCAAUAAAUAUUGAAUGUGUAGCAAGUGGUUCUCCGCCUCCACAGCUCAACUGGCUAAGGAACGGUUUGCCGCUGCCAGUGUCCUCUCAGAUCCGCUUGCUGUCUGCGGGCCAGGUCCUCCGAAUUGCCCAUGCACAGGUUUCAGAUGGAGGCACCUAUACAUGUGUGGCCUCCAACAGAGCCGGAGUGGACAACAGACACUACAACCUAGAGGUGUAUGUUCUGCCCAGUUUGGAUGGGGCGGGAAGCACAGAGGAAGUGACAGUUGUGAGAGGAAAUACGGCCACUUUCAUCUGCAUCGCAGAUGGGACACCCAGCCCUACCAUUACUUGGCUGAGAAAUGGUGCAGCACUGCCUAAAGAUGCUCACCUGUCGCUCCUUAACCAAAAUGGCACUCUGCAGCUUUCCUUUGUGAGAGUCAACCACACUGGAAGCUACACCUGCACCGCACAUAACCACGCUGGAGCCGCAAGCCGCCACUUCAGCCUCAAAGUACUGGACCCACCACGGAUCAAUGGCUCUGGUGUGCCCACUGAGGUCUCUGUGGUUGUAAACCAUAUCUUAUCACUGGUGUGUGAUGCUAAGGGCAUACCUGUGCCCACUCUCACCUGGCUGAAGGAUGGACGACCACUGCCUCAGACAGACAGCAUACGGCUCCUCAGAGAUGGAGAGGUGCUCAGAGUUGCUUCUGCUCAGGUGGAAAACACUGGACGAUACACCUGUUUGGCCACCAGCCCUGCUGGAGAUGAUGACAAAGAAUUUCUCGUCAGAGUACAUGUUCCGCCCAACAUUGCUGGAGAUGGUAGUGUCCAAGAUGUGUCUGUUCUACAAAACAGACAGGUUACCCUUGAGUGUAAAUCUGAUGCAGUUCCAUCACCAACACUCACCUGGUUUAGAGAUGGAGCACCCCUGAAGAUGUCUCCACGGGUACGUGUCUUGUCUAGUGGUCGUUACCUGCAGAUCAAUAAUGCAGAGCUUGGAGACGAGGCCCAGUACAUUUGUGUGGCGAGCAAUGUUGCUGGGGAAACCAGGCGCCAUUUCAACAUUAGUGUCAAUGUUCCUCCCACAAUAAAAGAUGGUCCUCAGUCUUUGUCAGUUCAUAUCAACCAACCGGUGGUGCUAGAGUGUAUUGUGAAUGGAGUACCUGCUCCACGCAUUUCCUGGAGGAAACAUGGAUCCAUCCUUGCCAGAAACAAUCCCAGGUACAGGUUUGGUGAGGAUGGCUCACUCCACAUCCUCUCAGCCCAGGUGACUGAUACGGGCCGCUACCUUUGCAUGGCCACCAACCAGGCAGGGACAGAGCGUAAGAGAGUAGAUCUGCAGGUGUAUGUGCCACCCUCCAUCGCAGAGGGUCCCACUAACAUCACUGUGAUUGUGAACAUCCAGACCACACUGUCCUGUGAAGCUACUGGCAUCCCCAAACCCGAUGUCAGUUGGACCAAAAAUGCUCAAGCUUUGAACACUGACCAGAACCAGAAUAUGUACAGGUUGCUGUCAUCAGGGUCUCUGGUUGUCAUAGCACCCACAGUAGAGGACACUGCUUUGUACAAGUGUGUUGUAUCCAAUGAGGCAGGCCAGGACAGUAGAGUCAUUCAGCUGACUGUACAUGUUCCUCCCUCUAUUGCUGAUGAGGCCACAGAGCUUGUGGUAAACAGACUGUCCCCGGUGGUCAUCAGCUGCACUGCCUCUGGAGUGCCUCAACCUGUCCUAUACUGGAGCAAAGAUGGAAUAAGACUAGCUAAAGCUGGAGAGGGCUAUAAGAUAUUGCCACCAGGUCCUCUUGAGAUCACAGCUGCAGAGCUGAGUCACUCAGGCCGUUACUCUUGUGUGGCCAAGAACACUGCAGGCACUGCCCACCGACACGUUCAACUCGCAGUAUAUGAACCUCCAGUGAUACAGUCACACCCCUCAACACUGGAUGUGAUCCUAAACAACCAUGUGACCCUGCCCUGCAGAGCAACAGGCUUUCCUCGCCCAACCAUCACCUGGCAGAAAGAGGGCAUCAACAUCUUUACCACAGAAGGUGAUUUUACGGUGCUUCCCAUUGGUGGUCUGCAGAUCUCUAAAGCCAAAGUGGAGGACUCUGGAACCUACAUGUGUGUGGCUCAAAAUCCUGCAGGCACUGCACUGGGCAAAACCAAACUCAGAGUGCAAGUGCCUCCAGUAAUCACUUCUGACAUCAGGGCCUACACUGUGGCACUAGAUGCAUCUGUAACUCUGCAGUGCCAUUCAGAGGGUUCCCCCACUCCCUCUAUCACCUGGUACAAGGACGGGCAUCCGCUAAGUAAGUCAAUGCGCAAGCGGGUUCUCAGCACUGGGGCACUACAGAUUGCCUUUGCCCAACCUGGAGACACAGGAAGAUACACUUGCACUGCUGCUAAUGUAGCUGGAACCAUCAGCCUGGAAAUGAGCCUCACUGUACAGAUUCCUCCCUCCAUCCGUGGAGGAGAGUCAGAGGUGUCAGUGGUGGAGAACACACAAGCUUUGCUGUCCUGUGUGUCAGAAGGGGUCCCACAGCCCACUAUCUCCUGGGAGAAAGAUGGCAUUGCACUUACCGACACCACUGUAGAAUACACAAUCUUGUCCACCGGAGAGCUGCUCAUAGACACUGCACAGCCUGGGGAUUCUGGGAGUUACACAUGUUUCAGCACCAAUUCAGUAGGGCAGGACAGUCAAACCAUUAGUUUGUCCAUCAACACACAUCCAGCCUUCACUGAGCUCCUGGGGGAUGUGGCUCUCAACAAGGGAGAGCGCCUUCUACUGACCUGUGGGGUCACUGGUAUCCCUCCACCCAAGAUCACGUGGGCAUUCAACAACAAUAUUAUCCCUGCCAAGUAUGAUAAUGCCAAUGGCCACAGUGAGCUGGUGAUUGAGCGUGUGAGUAAGGACGACUCAGGCACUUACUCCUGUGUGGCUGAGAACAGUGUGGGAUCCAUCAAAUCUCUGGGAUUCGUCUAUGUUAAAGAACCACCAAUUAUAGAUGGAGAUGUUCAUUCAAACCACAUUGAGCCCCUGGGAGGGAAUGCCAUACUCAACUGUGAGGUACGAGGUGACCCUCUGCCCAAUAUCCAGUGGAGCAAAAAGGGCAUCAGUGUGCAGAUUAGCAACCGAAUCCGCCAGCUUGACAAUGGAUCUCUAGCCAUCUAUGGCACAGUGAGCGAAGAUGCUGGAAAUUACAUGUGUGUGGCCACAAAUGAUGCAGGAGUGGUGGAGAGAACAGUCACAUUGACUUUACAGAGUUCUCCAACCAUCACUGUAGAGCCAGUGGAGACAGUGGCAGAUGCUGGUUCCACAGUGGUACUAAACUGCCAAGCGAAGGGAGAGCCUGUGCCUGUCAUUGAGUGGUCCCGUAAGGGGCGCCCUCUGUUGGGUAACGAGCACAUUACCACAUUGAAAAAUGGUUCUCUACGGCUCAGUAGUGCUCAGAAAGAGGACACUGCUGAAUAUGAGUGUGUGGCCCGAAAUCUGUUAGGCUCUGUGCUGGUGCACGUGCCCCUCACAGUGCGUGUUCAUGGAGGUUUCUCUGAAUGGAUGGAGUGGGGGGCCUGCAGUGUUCCCUGUGGUACAGGAUCUCAGAAGAGACUGAGACAGUGCAAUAACCCACUACCUGCCAAUGGAGGGCGUCGCUGCAUUGGUUCAGCAACAGAAAUGCGCAGCUGUCGGGGCAAACCUUGUCCAGUGGAUGGAAAUUGGUCAGACUGGUCUCCCUGGGAGGAGUGCUCUUGUACCUGCGGUCAGGGUAACAGGACUAGGGUACGGACUUGUAGUAACCCUGCUGCACAACAUGGAGGCAGAGCCUGUGAGGGCAAAGCAGUAGAGUCCAUCAUGUGUAGUAUUAGGCCCUGCCCAGUGUCAGGGAACUGGGGUACCUGGUUGCCAUGGAGCCCUUGCAGUGAAACAUGUGGCAAAGGGAUGCAGACAAGACUUCGACUGUGUAACAACCCUCCACCUUCAUUUGAAGGACCAUCUUGUGAUGGACCUGAUACACAGACACAAGUGUGCAAUGAGAGGAAUUGCCCUGUGGAAGGAAAUUGGUCAUCCUGGGUGAGCUGGGGAGCAUGUAGUGUUUCUUGUGGAGGCGGUACUAGGCAAAGGACACGUCACUGUGCAAGCCCCUCCCCCCAGCAUGGGGGACGGCAGUGUGAAGGAAAUGACAUCCAUAUUGAUUUCUGCCACAAUGAACCCUGUCCCAUCCAUGGUAACUGGGGCCCAUGGAACAGCUGGGGCAGUUGUAGCAGGACCUGUAACAGUGGUCAAAUGCGUCGCUACAGAACAUGCGACAAUCCUCGACCAGCCAAUGGGGGCAGAGCAUGCACUGGAUCAGAUGCACAAAUGCAGAAGUGCAACACAGUUGGCUGCCCUGUUGAUGGUAAGUGGGCCUCAUGGCAGUCAUGGGGAGAAUGUUCAGCAUCAUGUGGGGGUGGAGAACAAACACGUGUCAGACUCUGUAACAAUCCAUCACCUAGCAAAAAUGGCCGCACCUGCCCAGGAGACUCCAGCCAGUUAUCAAGAUGUAACAUACAGCCAUGUCCAGGUGGCCCUCAGAAAGCUAGAGGGAGUAUCAUCGGGAACAUUAAUGAUGUCGAAUUUGGCGUUGCAAUCCUCAACGCCACCAUCUCUAGCAGUACCACUGGAGGGAAAGUUAUACAGGCCACCAUCACUAAUAUACCCAGGAGUCUGGGCCCUGCUAUGAGGAAGUUAAUCUCCAUCUUGAACCCCAUCUACUGGACCACAGCACAGGAGGUGGGUGAAGCAAUCAAUGGCUACACACUCACAGAUGGCAUUUUCAGACGAGAGACUCAGGUGGAGUUUGCCACAGGUGAGAUUCUAAGAAUGACCCACGUGGCACGGGGGCUGGACUCAGAAGGAGCACUUCUACUGGACAUCGUAGUAAAUGGACACAUCCUGCAACUGCCCUCCAACACAGACAUAAGUCUCAAGGACUACACAGAAGACUACAUUCAGACUGGUGCUGAUCAGCUGUAUGCUCUGUCUACACGUAUGUUCAGCAUAGACAGGGUAAGUGUGCCUUACUCCUGGAAUCACACCAUCACAUACGGGCCCUCCAGAGGCAAGAUGCCCUAUCUAGUGCAGACUCUCUACGCCUCUGCAAUCAGCGCUCUAUACCACCCUCUUGAGGAGAUGUUGGAUUUUACCAUCCACGCCACCAUUGCUAAAGGAGAGCGCAGUAAUCAAUGCCCCAAGGGUUUUCAACUGGACCCUAUUGGGCCAUACUGUGCAGAUGAGAAUGAGUGUGAGGAGGGAAAUCCCUGCUCACAUUUCUGCCACAAUGCUAUAGGCACAUAUUACUGUUCCUGUCCCAGAGGACUCACCAUUUCAGCCGACGGCCGAACAUGUCAGGAUAUUGAUGAGUGUUCACUGGGUGGGCACACUUGUCAUGAUGGACAAGACUGUGGGAACACCAUUGGCUCAUAUCGCUGUGUGAUGCGCUGUGGGCGGGGCUUUAGGAGGACUGCAGAUGGGCUGAGCUGCUCAGAUGUGAAUGAGUGUCAAGAGUCUAACCCCUGUCAUCAACACUGUCUAAACACCAUUGGGAGUUUCCGCUGUGCAUGUGAACCGGGAUACCAACUCAGGAAUCGGCGCUGUAUUGACAUAAACGAAUGCAAACAGAGAGUGUGUCGCUCAGAUCAGCAAUGUAAAAACACACGCGGUGGAUACACUUGCAUUGACCUCUGCCCUACUGGCAUGACCAAAGGAGGCAAUGGCACAUGCAUAGACAUCGAUGAGUGCCAUGAUGGCACACACCAGUGCAGGUAUAAUCAGAUCUGUGAAAACACCAGAGGAAGCUACCACUGCACCUGCCCCAGAGGGUACCGAUCUCAGGGCGUGGGCCGUCCCUGCCUUGAUAUUAAUGAAUGUGAGCAAAGAGAUACAUGUCAACAUGAGUGUUUGAACACACCAGGCAGCCAUAGGUGUUUGUGCCCCAAUGGCUAUCGUCUUAUAACCAACGGCAAAACCUGUCAAGACAUAGAUGAAUGCUUGGAACAGAAUAUUCAGUGUGGUGCAAACAGGAUGUGUUUCAACAUGAGAGGGAGUUUCCAGUGCAUUGACACACCUUGCCCACCCGACUACAAGAGAGAUCCAGCCACAGGGUUCUGCCUGAAUAAUUGCCCACCCAAUGAUCUGGAGUGCACCCUAAGCCCCUAUGCACUGGAGUAUAAACUGCUCUCCCUGCCCUUUGGCAUCGCCGCCAACCAGGACCUGAUCCGGCUUGUCGCCUACACCCAGGAUGGAGUUGUCCACCCCCGCACCUCCUUCACAGUGGUGGAUGAGGACACAAGUCUGCCCUUCGCCCUGAGAGACGAAAACCUCAAAGGUGUUCUGUUCACCACCCGACCACUCCGUGAACCGCAUACGUACCGUAUGAAGGUGCGAGCCCUCUCUUAUAGCUCUGACGGAGGGAUAGAGUACCAGACCACCUUCAUCGUCUACAUUGCGGUCUCAGCCUAUCCCUACUGAGAGCACUUUACUACGUCCAGCCCAUGAAGAGAGAGAAUGGUGCAGUUUUUGUAAAUUCAUGACUGAAAAGUAUGUCUUUGUGUGAGAGUGUGUAUGUGAACUCAGGGUGUACUGUCCAUUUAGAACUUAAGACCGCAGACUGGGGUAGCGGUUCAGCCAUAUCUCGGCUGCAUGGGUAAGAUUCCUUUGUCAGAAUGUACAGCAGACCAACUUUACAAGACUAUGGGAGGUUAAUACAUGUGCAUAUGUCUACCUAUUAACUUAUUGGGAAUUGCUUGAAUAUAUGAGAGGCUCAAUUCCCUCCAUCUGAUUAGUUACCACCUAUGAAAUGAGAUGGAAGAAUUAUUAUAUUAGUUUAAAUUUGUGAUUAACAGCGUGAUGGAAAAAAGGUAUGGAGUUGAGCCAUAUGUAGUAAAAGUUAAAAUAACAUCCACCUCAGGUAAGCACUACCUUUCCUCUAGAAGAGAGUAUUGUCCAGCAAUAAUUAUGCAGAUCGUAAUAGCAAUAUCUCAUUAUCCUUACAGGUUCAUACACAUUUUGAGUAUUUUUUUGUAACUAAGUCAUUAAUCAAGGUGUAUUCUAUUUUUAUGAUAUGUAUAUAAGCAUUUGGAUUUUUUUAAAUUUUUUUUAUUGUAUUCCUUUUUUAAAAAAGCAAUAAAAAUGUACAAUCUAUUUAUUUUAGGUUCACUUGUAGUUUAGGGCAGAGAAUCUGGGUUAUUUACAUUUAAUAUAGCACACUUAUAUAAAUAGCACACCUUUCCUCAAUCAGCCACAAAUGGUGUGAGGUGAGUUAUGCGGCGAAGUGUACCAUAUAUGGUUUAUUCAAAUACCUUCCCCUUAAAGGAAUAUUCCAGGAUCAAUACAAGUUAAGCUCAAUUGACAGCAUUUCUGGCA